ACUACGAUACGGUGAAAACGGUGAAAGGAACACAGAAGAGCCGCAACAAACCCAAGGAAGUGCUCCCUAAAAUUGAGACAGUAAAUUGUGUGCUUGAUAAGGUGAAGUUGAAGGGAGAGGGACACACGCAGAGAGUGAGUGCCACGAGGAGCAGAAGGGUGGUGUGGGGUGUCGAUCAACUGACACCCACGCAGAUGAAAAUUUUGCUUCCUACACAACAGUAGCAACUGGCAAGCAGCAGUAGUGAAGACAAACGGUGUUCGAGCAUAAGCUGGAAAAAAAACUGGAAAAUAGAUUCCAAUACAAAUCAUAGUGCAAUAGUGAAGUGAUAGAAUUGAAGGGAUACAAUAACUGUUCCUCACAAGUAAUCCAACCUCAGUGAAUGAUAUCUCUGUAAAUAGCAUCAUUGCCUUGGACCCACAAAGAGUAACUGUUUCGGUGUUCGUCUGCAGUGUAAAAAAUCUCUGGAUAAGAACUUAGCAGAAUCGACAAACUGGGUGUACAAUCAACAACAAUGCAAACCCUUCUGUUGCCACUGUUUGGCCUGAUGGCCCUCGGCAGUGCGUCGCUCAGCUAUCCGGUGUUCGGCACAAAGCGGUACACUCGGGCAAAUCUGCUUCCAGCAAACGACUACGGAAGCUCUCUAACGAUGCCCGUCUAUUCACCGGUGCCACAGUACUACGACAGCCAACCGCAGUACAUGCCGAUGCCAUCUUAUUCGAUGGGUCCCGCCGCGUCUGAUUACUACGACGACAGUAGUUAUUAUAAUAGCAAUUACUAUUAUGUCCCACCGGUGCAACGGCGGCAUCAACGGUUCGACCGAUAUCCAUCGUACGGCCUUCCGACAUUCCAGGGCGAGUACAAACCUACCCCGUACUACUAUGCACACGCUCCCAGCUAUAGCUACUCGGAUGACCAUGAAUCCAACAAUCCCCUGGAUGACCUUCACGAGGAAAUGCUCCAGGAAGACGAACGCGAACGUGCGCGGGAUUUCAUGCCCAUAGGCCAAGAGCAGUGGUACGAAAGCCCCUCCCGGCAUCCCGCUGACAAUGCGUUCCUCCGUAAUCUCAUUAUGUACAACAAUCAAAUGAACUCGCUUCGCAACAAGCAGUUCGAGUCGAACGAAGAUUACGAAGAGUACGAAGACACUGAGCCGGAAUACUACGAUACCCCAUACGUAGACAAUCGGAACACCUACAGCGGCUACGUAAACCCGUACACCGGAGGCAGUCCCAGUACAAGCACCAACAGCAACAGCCGAAACACUCUAAACAAAAUCACAAGCUUACGAAACAGCAUGGCCAAGAAUGCCGUCGAAGACGACGAAGAAGUCCAAGAACUGAAGUCUCUCAUCCAUCAACAGAAGAACAGCCGACUCCUCCAACAGCAGCAGCAACUUCUCCAGCAACAGCAACCUCAAUCUUCCGAACAGCAAACCCCCUCUCCACUUCAAGACAUCAAGCAGCACCAGCAACGCUCCCUCGGCAACGACUACCAGCAGUACACCAGCAGCGACAGUUGGCAACGGGACAGUCCCGCCUACAGCACCUACGACUACGACAACGAAAACGAGUACGACGACAGCUGGAGCCACUGGGACCGCAAGCGCAACGUCCAGCCCAAGAAGCUGAUCCUGCCGGUCGCAACGACCAGCACCACGACGCACGCUCCCCUAACCACCCCAACCAGCACCACCGAAAAACCCAAGGUUGAAAUCGUCCAGGGACGUAACGGACAGAAGGAGGUGGUGCUGCCACGGCCGGCCGCUCCGGUGCGCAAUCCGUUUGCCAAUAUGGCCGCGGGGCUACAGCAGAAGCAGACCGCGUUCCGGGCGCUAGCGAAUAAUGGGGUGCCGGUGCAGCAGGGUAAGCCGUCGACGUCAUCGUCGUCGCAGGUGGCGCCAGCAUCCUCUUCCAACAAAAGUGUGUACGAUACGAUCAAGAAGAUCAUCAACAUGCAGCAGAAUCUGCAGGACGCCGACCUAAGCCACCAACUGGACAGCCAACGGCACAAGGGAACCCGCGUCCACAAGCGGUUCGUUUCGACGGCGGAAUCUCUGGUGCAGCAACUGGACGGCCUUAAACGGACAGCGUAAAUAUACCGCGCCUAAAAAGUAUAAACCAGAUUAUCCGCCAUUUUCCUUCAAACUCCUCUUCCACUAUCUCCCUCCACUCCGCUUCGAUUCUCUCCGCUAUUCCACCUCAAAGAGCAAUCUCUCUGAUGCACAACUCUUCGCCAGUGCACCCAGUUAGUAACCUUUCUCUCGAAUUAACACGCCAUCAAAGUGAGCAACGGCCAACACAACACGAAAUAGUUCAACUUAAUAAUUAAGCUUAAACAAACAUUGCUGAUAGUUAUCAUGGAUGUGUGGUGGUUCGUUCCAAGUUUUUCCUUUGCAAAUCAGAAACCAGUUCAAGCUGAAUAAUAAUCAAUGCGAAGCUAAAUAGAACGUAAUGUGGUAGCGCUUGCUGCGGCAUUCAAAAACACACUUACUGAGACACAAAAGAGAACACUGAUUGAGACUGAAUUUAUGUAAAUAAUUAAUAAAAAAAAUGAGUAUAAACAAAGGUAUAUACAUAUAUAUUUACGGAUGACGAGAUGGGAAACAGGAUUCAAAUUGAUAUAUUUGAAAUUUUUAGCUCUAAUUAAGUCGAAACUUUUUUUCUUCGAUUUUCGCCUAACAAGAUCUCUCUGUCUCUCUCGUUCUCUCUUCAUACUAGGAACCGUACUUUUUACUGUAAAUACCUUUUCCCUCGGAAUGCUCAUUGCCAAUCAAAUUCCAAAAAAACACUGAUUUUUCCGAUGUUGUAUAGGCGAGAUCACAAAAAAGGUGUCCUGGGAGAAAGUGACGCUCGUCCUCCCGCUUGGCCGUUACGAGUUGGACAAUUUAUUGGAAUAAAUAGGUCACAGCGGGGAUGAGGUGACCGUCGCUUUCUAGGGACACGAGCAAACUUACGAUAAAAGAUGUAAUCGUGUCAAUUUUUAGCCAGAAACAGAACUAGCUUUUUAUAUUUUACACUUUUGAGUCAUUCACUAUAUAGAUUAUAUACACUGUCGGGCGGCGUUUGUCGCAUGGAUAAGGAUUCAAACGAGCUGUCACUUUUGCUUUGUUCGGGGCUCAAAACAGCCGAAAUGGCAGCACUGCAGUACCUCCGUUGUCUAUCUCAUCGACAAGCGCCGCCUACUGCUCCAAAAUGGAGAACUGCUUCUCAGACGCUCACCUUUUUGAUCAAAAUUGUAAACAAAGCAAAACAUAUAAACAAACAAAAACUGUAUAAUCGUGUUUAAGAGGGAUAAUCAGACAGCGGAAAGAGACGAAAGACCCUUCCAAUGGCAGCUAGCGCCCAAAUUUAAUCAUGAUUAAAAGAUAUGUGUGUGUGAGCACUCGGUAAUCACCCCCCGUCGUCGCGAAGAGCGCCUUUAGUGGAGCUCCCCUCGUCGGGUGUUGAUUGUCGUGCAAUGAAAAUUCAAUCACUUUUUGCAGUUCCGAUCUAUGAGAAAACGAUUGAAAGCAGCAACAAACUAGUUAAUAAUAAGAGAGCGGAAGGAAGCUAUUGCAGAUGGCAUUAACUAUAACAAUAUCUAAAUAUAUAGGGUAAUUGAGCUGAUGUUUAGUAAUCAGUGGUGUAUCAAAUCCAAAACAAAACCUAAUAAGAGAGAAGAAAAAACUAAGCAUAGCUAGACCCCUCGUUCGGAAUCACGUGCUCGGCGUCAGUUAUCAUAGUUAAAUCCCGCCGAGGGGUCACAUGACAGCAUCUUGUACAUAGAAUCAAUCAACAAAAGAACAUGACAGCUGCAUUAACGAAU